AUGAAUAAUUAUAAUUCUUUAAAUAAUUUAAAGUCUAAUAUAGGAUUUAAAAUUUCUAUAGCCUCACCUUUAAAUAUUAUUAAAUGAUCUUGGAGAAAAAUUAAUAAUAUAAUAAUAUUAGGUCAAAUAUCUGAACCUUAUACUAUUGAUUUUAAAACAGGAACCCCUAAAUUAAAUGGAUUAUUUUGUGAAAAAAUAUUUGGUCCUUUAAUUUCUUGGCAAUGUAAAUGUGGAAUAUUUAAAAAUAUAGAUCCAAUAAAAUAUACUUAUAUAUGUCCUAUAUGUGGGUAUGAAAAUACAAAUUCUCAAGUAAGAAGAUAUAGAAUGGGAUAUAUAUAUUUAUAUACUCCUGUAGUACAUAUAUGAUAUUUAUAUGAAUUAUUACCUUAUAUAUUAAAUUUACCAGUUAAUAUGUUAGAAUAUUUAUUAUAUUAUACUUUUUUUUUAGAACAUAAUAAAAAAAUAAAUUUUUUAAAAAAAAUAACAAUAACUCAAUUUAUUUUUGCAUCUAAUUAUAUUCAAUAUUUAUUACAACAUUUUAAUAUUUUAAAUAAACUUUUAAAAAUAAAAUCAUUAUUAUAUAAUACUAAUAAUCUAUUAAAAAAAAAAUAUAUUAUAAAAACUAUAAAUUUAUUAAAUUUAUGUUUAUUAAAUAAUAUACAUCCACAAUGAAUUAUGUUAGAUGUAAUCCCAGUAUUACCCGCAGGAUUACGACCUUUAAUAUAUUUAAAUACUAUUAAUUUUGUUUCAUCUCCUUUAAAUGAAAUUUAUAGGACUAUUAUUAUUAUAAAUAAUAAACUUAAACGAUGGCAAAUGUUACGUCGUAAAUUUCCUAUUUCUUUUGAAAUAAUAGAAAAACGUAAUUUACAACAAACUAUAGAUAUGUUAAUAGAAAAAAAUAAUUCAAAAAAAAAUAUUAAUUCAUUAUCUUCGCAUUUACAAGGGAAAUUUAAUUAUUUUAGACAAUAUAUAUUAGGAAAAAGAAUUGAUUUUUCUGGAAGGUCUGUUAUAGUUUCUGGUCCUUCAUUAAUUUUUAAUAAAAUAGGAAUUUCAACUAAUUUAAGUAUUGAGCUUUUUAAACCUAUCUUAUUAAAUAUUUUAAAAAAAAAUAAAUAUAUUAAUACUUUAUUACGUGCAUCUUAUUAUAUUGAAUAUAGUCCUUUAAUUUUAAAAAGACUUUUAAAAUAUAUAUUUUUAAAAGAAAUUAUUAUGUUUAAUAGAGCCCCUACAUUACAUAGAAUGAAUAUACAAACAUUUAAACCUUUUUUAAUAGAAAAUGAAAUAAUAAAGUUAUUUCCUAUUGCUUGUUCUGGAUUUAAUGCGGAUUUUGAUGGGGAUCAAAUGGGUAUUUUUUUAAUUUUAUCUGAUGCAGCAAAAAAAGAAGCAAAAAAAAAUAUAAUUUUUGAUAAAAAUUUAUUCGCACCUUCUUCUAAAAAAAAUAUUUUUAAAUAUUCUCAAAAUAUUAUUUUAGGUAUUAAUACAUUAGUAUCUUUUAAAGGAUAUAAUUAUAAAAAUUUAAUUUUUAGUAAUAUUGAAGAUAUAUUAAAUGCAUAUAACCAUUCUUUAAUAAAAAUAAAUACAAUUUUUUUAGUUAGAAUAAAUUUUCAUUUUUAUUUUAAUAAAAAUAUUUAUAAAAAAUAUAUUAUAACCUCUUUAGGUAGACUUUUAUUACAAAAAUUAAUAUAA